AUUGCUGUUCCAGAUUGAUGUUUGUUUGCUUUGGUUUAACUUAAAUCAUAUCUGCAUUUUUUUGUCAGUAUAACAAUUUAUGGCUUUUUGCUUACGUCACUUGAGGGAGCCUGCUUCUUUCACGUCCUGCAAGCAGUUCAUUGUGCACUUUAAGCUUUUUCUCUCUUCACCUGUGAUGAAUGGGUUAGCCUUACACAAAAGCCAGCGAGACGGAGGUUUCACUCAGGGACAUGCUAUUUCCAGAGGUGCCAGGCACAUCGGUGAGAGCCUUCUCCGCUGGGAGAACCUCCAGAAGGAGCAUCCAGAGGGAAGGGCCUGUUACUGACCCAAAAAGCAGGGUCAUGUGCCAGACCCGGUCAGGUCUGGUCCAAGCACGCAGAGUCCCAUCCUCCGGAGCCCUCUCCCAGGCCUGCCGCACCCAGCUGCGUUGCCUAAUGACGAAGCCACUGCGCGGAUUCAAGCCGGAUUAAGCUGCCAUUGUGUAGACGUGUGUUGAAAGCCAGGCUGAUGAGACUUAGCCCUGCUGGGGACUGAUGGCAGAGGUUAUCCAGGUAGGCACAAAUACUCCCGUGGAUCCCAGGGAGUGCGCAAGCUGCACUGGGUCAGUGUGCAGGCAUGCAGCAAUUCUGGAUAGCAAAGGAAGGGAAAAGCCUCCUGGAAUGCAGUCCAUAAUUAAAAUGUGCCUAACGAGCUUGUGUUUUUCCCGUAACAUCUGAAGUGGUUAGAUUUAAUCCUACAGGUCACUGAGGAGAGCGCAGCGUAGAGGGAGAACUUAGCUGACCGGAGUUAUUACAGCAUUUAUCAGAAGAUUUUUGGUUUUAAAUUAUAAAAAUUGUGAAAUGCUUUUGUUGCUUGGAGCUCAUGGUUGAGAAAGCGCGAGUUAUUGCUGGGGUGAAAUGCGUAGCUCUCCUUUAGAGAGAGUCGGGUUGUCGAUGUGUGUGUAGGUUAUUGACCUGGGCCUUUCUGAUGAUCUCUCGUAUGUCUGGCUGCGUAAGUACCCUUCAGGGAGACCAGUCCUGCUUGUUCCAAGCUGCUGGUGACCAAGGAAUUUGGCCAUUGUUUGGGGCUGUGGAGGGUGGUUUAAGAAAUGUGGGUGACAGGUAUGUCUUGGAGACCUACAAACACUCUAUGUCAAAAGUAUGAUUGUUCUCAUGCACACCCAGUUCCUUGAGAAGGUUAACGAUAGGCUUUUAUGGCAGUGCAGCGGUGGGCCUAACGAAGGGAUCAACUGAUGGAGCAGCCACAGCUUACCUGCUCUUUCAGUCUGUGUUUUCUUGGUGCCUGUGUUUUGCCAGCCCUCGAUUUCUGCCCCACACAUAGCUCUGGCCAGUGCAGGGCUGGUGCCUGCCUUGCUGCAGAGAGAUGUGCACGGGAAGGCUGGGUGAAAAGUGAUUAGCAUGCCCCUCGGGCUCGCUGGAGCCUGUCAUCAAAGGGCUCUUGCUGGCAGUCACUGAUGGAGAACAUGGUCCAUUAUCUUGGUGUCUGAUCACUUCCUAAUCUCGGCACCAGCAGUUCUCCCAGUUCCUCUUCUGGAUGGCAGGGAGCUGAGGUACAGGGAGGACCAAGGAAGGGACACGAGCAAAGCAGGGGCUGGGCCCUGAACACCAGAGCAGCAUCCUCAUGCUGGCUGUUCUGGAAUUAACACAAGACCGAUGUUGCUAAGGGAAAGAAAGAUCACACUUUUCACAAUAACGUCACUUUUCAUUUUGCUCACUUGUGUUUUGCUGUAUUUCAUUGAUCUGCUCUGCCAGGUUCCAGCUCUCUCUUCAAAACUGUAUCUUUGCAUGCACAAUUAUGCCCACAGGUAAUAGGAAACCAGGGUUUCAAAAGAAAAUCUGAUCCCAUUGCUAGAUAAUAGCAGUUUCCUAAAUAAAUGUGUGGUUGCCCCGGGGUUUGAGGUUGUUGCCAGAUGCACCUUUUUUUGAUUGGUGAGAACAGCAGAUGACGCUUCGUGGCAUAUAAGUGCAAGAGAAAACACAGGAGCACAGAUAAGCAGAGCGAGUGAGCCAUCUGGAAAGAAGAGCUGAGGAGGUGUUAAAGCAGCUGCUUGCCAUGGCAUUUGGAAUGCUCAUCUAUAUUUUGCUGAAAGCAAUGGGGGCACUGAGUGAAGAGUCAGCUGUUACUGUUUCAUCCCUCAGCACAGACUUAUGGAAUAAUUGGACCAAAAACAACGCUGAAGUAGACUACACAGAGCAGCCAAAGCUCCUGAAGCUUAUGCAGACCUGCCUGGAGGAACACCACAGCUAUUGUAUCAACGGGCUCUGCGCGUUCCACAGCGAGCUGAGGAAACCCAUAUGCAAGUGCCUUGCAGGUUACAAUGGCGAGAGGUGUGAGCACUUAACACUAAACUCAUAUGCACAUAAUUCUUACGAACGCUACAUUGCUGUGGGAAUUGGUGUGGGAAUACUGACAAGUGGGAUACUUGCUAUCAUCUACUGCUACGUGAGAAAGAGAUGCCGGAAAUUGAAAUCACCGUACAAAGUCUGCAUGGGCGAGACGGCGUUGUGAAGGGCUGGCAUUGGGACACUUACCAGUUUGCCUGUAAAGGAGAGGAAGUUCUGCUGGGAAGGCCACCCUGCUCCAUCUGGCAGGUACCCCAGCCUCACUGCUGAGGUGAAACAAAGGGAAUGACAGAGCGAGGACAUGAAAGGGACUGCAGAACCGCCGGGCUCCAUCCGCUUCUGAAGAAAGACUUCCUCUUCAGUAAAGGCUGCCAGAUGAGCAGGUCCAAACAGCUAAGGAUACUUGCAGCCCUCUCAGCACUCUCCCGUGGUUGGUAUUUGCAGAGGGGAGGACUGGUUGGUUUUAGCUGUUUUCAUUCAUUUCAAGCCAUAAUACAGUGUUCUGCUCUGGUCUUUUCUGUCUUUUUUUUUUUCUUCUUCUUCUUUUUUCUCCUCUGGAGGAAAAACACAACCUGUCUCGCAGCGGAGUUGUAUUCUGAACAUCAUGUGCUGACAAGAAACCGUUUGGGUUCUAAUUUCAGCAUCUGCUGCCUGUGUUUAUGGAUAAACAGCCCUCUUCCAGCACAGCAGUUCUCUUCAGUGUGCUCAGCAAAGCAUAGGCUUCUGUUUCCAUAAAGGACAAAACCGUAAAAUGCUUUUGGACUGAAAAUGGAUGGUUCUCAAAAGCUUACGUGAACUUAGGAAUAGAGAGUAAGCAAUUCCUGGAAAAUUAGACCAUGGCACCUCUGGGCAUGGCGAGUUCUUCCUGUGUCCCUAAGCAAGGAAUGGGACAUGUUUCUCAAAAUGGAUUAUUGAGUGUGCUCCUGACAAAGAACUCUACUGUUCCCUGACAUCAUCAGAUUCACAGAACUUCAGGCAGAACAUUACCUUGCCGCAAUGUGAUUUCAGCACAAGACUUCAUUUGCUGGUGGAGCUGGAAUUUUGUUAUGAAACUUCAGUAUAGUUUUGCCCAGGAAACGCUCUUUUUAUUCUGUUCUCACAUUAUGUGCACAAUGUCACCACUCAAAUAAGAAAGAAGGGACUACAGGGAUUUUGUUCCACCCUGGACAAACACCUUACGUACCAGAUGCUUGCUUUUCUUCAUCUUGUCUGUGAAGAAUCACAGAAGUAAAAAGAAUUUGUUCAAGGAAAAGGGAAGAAGAAUGGUUCUGAAGAGGGUGGCACUGUGACUUCUCACUGCCAGUUGGAGUAUGUGCCAGUGCUGAUGAGACUGGAGAUGGCUCUAAGAGAUUUUCAUUUCAGCCAUUACACGUCGUAGACGCAUCUCCUGUGCUUAACCACCUGCGAGAAAAAGGCAGUUAGGUACUUUGCAAUUUCAUGGGGUGAUACAGGCUCCUAAACUUAGGUGCCCUGCUGGAAAGCUCCAUUUCUUUGUUAUGCGAGUCAAUUUUCACAACAGAAUGCAUGGCUUUUGUUGAAAAGAGACCUGUGUAUUUGUGAGACUACAAUGACAAUGCUGAAAUGUGUAUGAAAGGGUAAAUGUACAUUUGGCACUCGAGUGGCCUGAAGUUCAGUGGGCUUCUCGCACAGGGGCAUCCUGGUCAGUAGCUGAGCCAUCUUGGCUCUCCAUUUGAUACCAAUAAAUGAAACAACAUGUCACACAGUGUUUGGUCAGAGUCCCUGUGCAGCAGACUGGAGCAAGCGACCCGUGCGUACACAGAGAGGAUUGUUGGUGAGGAGCUGGAUGGAGACAGAGACCAGUCCUUUCCUCUUUGCAUUGACAUGAGUGUUUUGUAAGAGCCACCGAGCUGAUUUUCCAACUCCCAGCCUUUUUGUUUCCUUCAUCUCAAGUUAAGUCUUCACAUCUCUGUGUUUGCUCCUUUCCAUUCUUCUGACCUUUUCUUAGUAUCCACUAAGAGGCAACUUCUGCUUUUCACGAUUUUCAGGCCAGCUUUUGGUAGUUGUCCUGACGUUUUCCGUGUCCCACGUGUGUAGUGAGAGUGCUGUUAGAUGUGAAUUAGGGUCUGCACAUCUGCACAGACACACACAGACCACCCUUCACCUGCUGCACACACUGGACGGUCUGAGCGGAAAUACCUAUCAGACACAGGCAUGUCAUUCUGAAAACACAGGGGAGAGAUCUUUCUCCUUGGUCAUGGAGCAAAUUUGAGUAGGCCAAAGGACGAAGAGCCUCAAAGCUUUUGUCCUGUGAGUGAAUUUCCUUCUCCACAGUGAGCUGACUGUUCCUGCACACACAUUGCGAGCGUCGUGUUCGCUCAUGGGGUACCGACCUGCCGGCAUCGCGGAGGCUGCGUCUUGGAGCAGGCACACGCAGGGACACAACUUGCUCAGGGUGUACGUGCCCUUGUUAAAGGAGUUCUAAGGGCAGGAGAACUGGACUUUCAGUUGUCCAAAGGAAGCUGUCGGAGAGAGAUGGAUUUUAUAUGGCUUUAACCAUUUGCAUGUCCUCUCUUUUUUGAUACCUGCCAGCAAAAACUGCCUUUUUUGAUAUGUUUUACCUGCCGGCUGCCUUGCAGGAUAUGCAAGUGCUGCUUCAGAAGUAUUUACUCAUUGCAGUGAGACACCUGUGCCUAUAGAAACACACAGUCACCUCCUUUUUUUUUUUUUUAAUGUUUGAUUAACCAUAACUCAAAAGGAGGAUUUAUUUAAAACCUUUAAAACCUUUUUAAGUUCAGUUUAACAGCGGACUAAACAGUGAAAAUAUUUUUAUCUAGUUUGCUUUCUGGCCCAAGGCACAUUUGGAAGGGCUGCCAGUGAAAGUUUGGUGAGAUUUUUCUGCUAGCGAAGGAAAAGCUCGAAGGUAAAACAGCAGAUGAGUCUGUGCUGUGCAAAAUGAGACUUUGUAAGGACAGAGUGAGAAUAAAAUGGAAAUACCAAGAUGGGAAGAAGGAAGGGAAAGGAGGUCUUUGCUUCAUUUUAGUUUUCUUUUUCCAAGUGGUAUUGAGGCUUCCAGAAACGGGCUCCUUGCUUCCUGGGUGCUGAAGCACAACCUCGGAGCAGGCUACCAGCUGCUUAGACAUCCAGGGCAGGUGGCAUCAACGCAGAUGGCAGCUUUCUCCAUCAGUCAGCGUUUCCAGGCUGUAGCCCAUGUGGGAGAAGAGUGUUGUCAUUGCAGUUUUAAGGGAUUUCGUCAGGCCCAAGCUGUGUUUGAGGCAUGGCUGUGUGAAUGAAUCACGCUGCUGCUGGAUGCAGUGGCCCAGCUGAGGAAGCCUGCGUUGCCUCAGAUUGCUUCGUGGAGUCAGCCUCGCCGAGCCCUGCCUUGAUAAGUGACAGAUGCCACUGGGCUAGUGCGGUGUGGUGCUGCUUACAGUGCUGAAUUUCCUGCAGAACUGGCCCGUCAGAGGAUGGGGAUCGUCUUUCCUGGCUCAUUUAUCAGGCUCAGACUCCUUCUGUAAUGGCAUAAUUAAGAGUCGUAAGCUUCUGCUUCCUAUUAGCUGUACGUGCCAAAAACUGUCAUUUCCAGAGGAGCCCCUGAGUUUGUGUGACUGUUAGGCAGCCCUGUGUCAGCUUUGCUGGGGCACUGGCUCGGCAGGGCUGAGAGAGAGACGGUGAAGACCGGGAUCUGCCCCUCUAAUGGACUGAGCACUUGCCCUGUGUGUGAUCCCGGCUGGUGGAACCACACCAGCUUUUCCUGCAGCACAUCUCUCUAGCCUAGUUGCCCUCAAGCCACCCAGCCCUCUCCCUGCUUCGCUGGCAUCUGCAGGUGUCCUUUGGUGCUGAGGCUUGGCUGGGACUCCAGCACCUCCCCUGCAUUCGACACCCAUUUUCUGUUUCAACACUGUGGGUGGCCGGCAGCGUACCCCAUCCCAGCAAGGUCUAUUCAAAUGGUGAGCUGCAGGCCCGUGGAGAAGUGACUGUCCUUCCAAAAUGCUGUUUUUCAUCUUGGCAGGAGCUGUAAGGAAGUGUACUGAUGGCUGAUGCUGGGAGCGCGCAGCAUCCCUGUCCUCCCUGCCUGAUGAACAGGGGUGCCCGUGGUGGCACACGGCUGAUUCAGCCAGCUGAGCAGCCAGGCCACUGGCCCAACUAGUCCCAUAGCCAGCCAGCACCUGCAGGGAGUGCCAGAGGCUCCUGAAGAAGGGCUUUGAGGUCUGAUGGCAAGGCAGGCAGGCAGGAAAUGCUCCAAAGAUGUAUCAGCUCCACAAACAGUUUGCAGAAGCGGUGAAGGGGAAGCAUUGGUCCACGGGAUUGGAGGCAAUUGUUGUGUGGUUAACUCUCAUCUUCCUGGAGAAUGAAAAAUACUGGUGAAGAGAUGACUUCAUGAACGGGAAAGAGGUGCUGAUGGACAGAAGAGCACACACUGAUGGGUCUUAUUCUCAACAGACGAAACCAAUGCAGAUGUAGCCCCACAACAGCAUUGCUUAAAACUGAGUGCAAGUUCUACAGAAAGCUGCUGAACAUCUCCACACCUCUGUAGAUGUAAAAAAACGCUCCCAAAACAAGGAGGAGUAUGAUUUGU